AUGCACGGCGAUGUUGUUCCGUCCGUCACUGCUGAGCAACUGUUAGCGCGCGAAAGUUACUUCGAUGUGGCAUGGACCGGUGAAAAGCAAACUGGAUGUACCAGCCGAUCAGUGUCCUACAGUACGGGGGCUGGCGACGGUCGCGAGAGGUUUGUGGCCAGCUCGUCGCCGGCCGGUGUCCUGGUUUGGUGCUCUCGUAGGACCCGAUGGCAAACGAUGUGGUGGAGCGGCAGCACUUUUUUUACGUUGAAGAGUUUAACAGAAUUUCUUCAUGGUUCAUUCACUGGAAAGGAUUUCAACAUUUCAAGGAUGGCAGUGGCAGUGGCGUUUGCUGUCAAAAACAGAAGAAAUAAAAUCGUUGCAGCCAUCCGUUCCGAUUUUCGUAUUUGUUACACUUCGAUGACGAUGUCGAUGACGAGUCCUGCUUGUCACGCCUUUUGUCACGGAGCACGGAGCCUGUCGUUCGGCGUUGAUCUUCUUGACGAGGCCAUCGAUUCAGAGCGGUUUGUUCGUGAAGGUAACAUCUAG